UCUGGGUGGGAUGAUUCCCACUUCUCUGUUCCAGAACUGUUCAAGACUUCAAAUCUUCAACCUGAGUCAUAACAACAUGAGUGGCACAAUCCCACGCAAUCUCAGCAACUGUUUGGAACUCCGACUCAUUGGUUUGGAUAACAACAAGCUCGAAGGAGAGAUCCCCGGUGAUAUUGGCUCCCUUACGAAGCUAAAGGCGAUCGUCAUCUGGGCCAAUCGCCUCACCGGAAGCAUUCCUCCGGAGAUUGGGAAUCUUCGAUUCCUAGCAACACUUAUCUUGGGCCACAACCAUCUCAACGGCACUAUCCCAGCUACACUAGGCAACCUCUCCUCUCUUGGCUAUCUUGAUCUAUCAAAUAAUCGUCUUGCAGGAGCCAUCCCUAGUGCAAUAUGGAACCUCACCUCUCUCGAUAAACUUGUGCUGGUCGGUGAUUCACUCACAGGAGUCAUCCCAUCCGACAUCGGAAAUCUAGUCCGCCUUACGUAUCUUACUCUGUUUGAGAACCUCCUGGUUGGCACCAUUCCCCCGACUUUGGGAUCGUUGAACAAAUUAGAGAUAUUGUUUCUCAGUGACAAUAAGUUCGAAGCAAGGAAUGCUGCCGGUUGGAGGUUUUUGGAUGCCUUGACCAACUGCAGCCACCUUAGAAUAUUGGAUAUAUCUGUCAAUCAACUAAGUGGCGUGUUGCCAAAAUCCGUAGCCAAUUUGUCCAAAUCCCUUGAAAUGCUACAUAUCGGAGGCAACCAAAUAGCCGGAAACAUUCCUACGGAGAUUGGGAAUUUUAUGAACUUAACCGAAAUUGACGCGUCCUCCAACCUCCUCCAUGGUAUUAUUCCUACCACGCUGGGAGGCCUCCCGAGAUUACAACGACUAAACUUAAGCCGAAAUCAGUUUGCGAGAGAAAUCCCUGCAACCAUAGGCAAUCUUUCGAGCUUGGUUCGACUAGACUUAAGUGGAAACAAUUUCGUGGGAGAAAUCCCUGCUACCCUCGGCGAACUUCGACGAUUGAACCUUCUUCAGUUGGACGACAACCAACUGCACGGAUCCAUACCUCCGAGUCUUGGAAAUUGCCCACUAGAGACCUUGAACCUUGCGGCCAAUAAGCUGACAGGUACGACGCCCAAAGAGAUCUUUUACAUGCCCAGUCUCACCAAACUCUUCAACAUUUCCUACAAUUCGUUGACGGGAUCCCUACCAUUAGAAUUUGGGAACUUGAAGAACGUCCCAACCAUCGAUGUCUCAAACAAUAGAUUGUCCGGUGAAAUUCCCAGCACCAUUGCUGAAUGUCAAGUCCUGCAAUACCUUUACAUGCAAGGGAACCUUUUCCGUGGAUCCAUUCCUUCAUUUGGGCAGCUAAAGGGGCUUCGAGUGCUGGACAUUUCGAGAAAUAAUCUAUCGGGGCAUAUACCAGAUUUUCUUCGGAGCUUUAACAUGACUUAUCUUAAUCUUUCCUUCAAUGAUUUGGACGGUGAAGUGCCAAAAGAUGGGAUUUUCGGAAAUGCAAGUGCAUUCUCAGUAGUGGGGAACAGUAAACUCUGUGGGGGUAUUCCAGAACUCAGAUUGCCAUCAUGUACUUCCCAGAAGAAAUCUUCUUCGUCUGUCAAGCUAAUUGCCAUCACCUCUGUUGCCGGAGGAAUCUUGUUCGUCACCUUUCUAAUCUCUUUGUUGGUUGCUCGUCACCUAAUACGCAAGUCAAGCAGGCUUUCUUCUGUUACCUCAUAUAUCAGAGAGCAGCACAGGAAGGUCUCCUAUGCUGAGCUGCUCAGAGCAACAAAUGAAUUUUCGCCUGCUAAUCUGAUCGGCAUGGGAAGCUUCGGAUCUGUGUACAAAGGUAUCGUGGAUUGGGAAGACCACAAGGACGUGGCGGUGAAGGUACUCAACCUGCAGCAAAGAGGGGCUUCAAGAAGCUUCUUAGCUGAAUGCGAAGCUUUGAGGAACGUCAGGCAUCGCAAUCUCGUCAAGGUACUAACAUCGUGCUCAGGUGUUGAUUUCCGAGGGAAUGACUUCAAAGCUCUCGUGUUUGAGUUCCUACCAAAUGGAAGUCUGGACAAGUGGCUUCAUCCUCCUGAAAGAGAUGAACAGGGAUCGAUAAGAAUGCUAAGCCUUCUCCAGAGACUGAAUAUAUCGAUUGAUGUGGCUUCCGCGUUGGCUUAUCUUCAUCACCAUGUCCCAUCCCCUAUUGUUCAUUGUGAUCUUAAACCGAGCAAUGUUCUUCUGGAUCAUGACAUGGUUGCACGUGUGGGAGACUUCGGACUAGCGAGAAUUCUGAACAGGAUCAUGAGCAAGUCAUCCCAGAGGUCGACGAACUCGGCCACGUUGAAAGGGUCAAUCGGAUAUGCUGCUCCAGAGUAUGGGAUGGGCAACAAAGUUUCUAUCCAGGGGGACGUGUACAGUUAUGGAAUUCUGCUGCUGGAGAUGUUUACCGGAAGGCGACCUACCGAUGAUGGUUUCGAGGCUGGUCUGAAUCUUCAUCAAUACGUUGAGAUGGCUCUUCCAGACCAAGUCGCCGAUAUAAUGGACCCAAACUUGUUCUUGGGAACCGGAGAAGGAAAAGUACACCCCGCAAAUCCGUCGGCAAAUAGGCCAAACAUAAGGGCAGUAGAGUGCGUGACUUCGGUGCUUAGAGUCGGCAUUUUCUGUUCCAAGGAAUCACCGAAAGAACGAAUGGACAUGGAAGAUGUCAUAAGGGAGCUUCACGACAUCAGGGACGCAUAUCUGGGAUUGCCUCUGCAGGAGUAGAGCUAUGACACGACAGGGUAGUGAGUUCAUGUACUGUUGCUUUUACCAAAUAAGUUGUGUGGUGUGUAUG